UUUUGAGAUCGUGAACAUGGACAUGAAGUUGGGCUCAACCCUGAAGAUCAAGGGCAAGAUCGCCAGUGACGCCGUUGGAUUUGCCCUUAAUCUGGGCCAGGGGUCAUCUAAAGUGGACCUGCAUUUCAACCCACGCUUCCGUGAAUCUGUCAUCGUCUGUAACUCACUGGAUGGCACCUGGGGGGAGGAGCAGAAGGAUGGUCACAUGUGCUUCGGCCCAGGGUCAGAGGUCAAGCUCACCGUGACCUUUGACAAUGACGGAUUCAAAGUGAAGUUGUCAGACGGGCACCAGUUGACCUUUCCCAACAGAAUGGGCCACAGCCACCUGAGCUACCUGAGCAUACAGGGUGGGUUGAGCAUCACCUCCUUCAAGAUCGACUGAGCGGAGAGCACCUCACCGGAGUCAAAGAGCCCACUGCGGAUUCCCGAUCCUGAGCUCCCGCUCCGUCACAGAUCAGCGGCCCGCUGAGUCCCCGCUCCUGAUCAGCAGUUCCUGCCCCUGGGACCCUACUUCCCUCCCCUGAGGCUAAGACCAGACAAAAGAAGCCACUUUUACCUAGUC